UGCCUGCCAGUCACCGUGCCGGAGCGAGCCCUCACCAGGGCACAGAGCUCAUCAGUGCCAGAGGCAGGCUCCUCCGGGCAAUGGGGCCAGGAACAAAGCCCGAGUCCGGUCCCUCGACCUCCAGUCACUGCCAUUGUGGGUGGUGUGCAGGCAGCACCUGCUUACCUCCUUGCUAAGGAGAAGAGCCUGUGGCCUGGUGCAGGUUGCAGUCAUCAGGCCUCGGGGGAAGGGCCCAGAUGGUCUUGCGUGUGCCCUACCUACAUCCCUUGCCACCGGGGCAUGUUGCACCCCAAGCUCUCUAAGUCCCCAAGACCCAUGCUGGUGCGUGUGGUCCCAGUGCCGAGGAGGGGAGAGGUGGGAAGGGAUGGAACAGGGCGAGCGGGACUGCAGCAGGGCUGCUGCUGAAUGCACGUCACUCUCUCUGUGUGCCAGGCAAGUUUCUGUCGGGGUCAGCAGCGGGACGGCGUUCUGCGGCCUCACUGGUCAUCCCGAGAGGUUUGAACACACAGUCCUUGGCUUUAAGGUGAAUUUGGCUGCUCGCAUGAUGAUGGCCUACCCAGGGAUGGUGUCCUGUGAUGCAGAGACGUAUGCAGCCUCUCGCCUGCCCAGCUACUGCUUCAAAGAGUUGCCACGGAGAGACAUGAAAGGUGUUAACAAUCCCGUCACCAUCUAUCAAUACAUGGGGAUCACCAAGCA